AUGCAGAGAAUCGCGUCGUAUUUUGCGGAAGCUCUCGCUAAUCGAAUCCUCAAAUCAUGGCCUGGACUCUACAGAGCCCUUCAUUCGACCAAAAUCUCCACCGGAAACGACGACAUUCUCUACAGGAAAUCGUUCUUCGAUUGCUUUCCGUUUUUGAAAAUCGCAUUUGUUAUCGCAAACCAAACGAUAAUCGAAGCCAUGGAAGGAGAGAAAAUGGUUCAUGUCGUCGAUCUUAACGCGGUAGAACCCACUCAGUGGCGUGCACUUCUCCAUGAGUUCGCCGGACGUCCAGGAGGGCCUCCGCAUUUAAGAAUCACCGGAAUCCAUCACCAGAAAAAGGUUCUAGACCAUAUGGCCAGCACAUUAACCGAAGAAGCUGAAAAACUCGAUAUCCCGUUUCAGUUCAAUCCAAUCGUGACCAAGCUCGACGAUCUCGACAUCGAUAAACUGAAAAUCAAAACCGGCGAAGCGUUAGCAAUCAGCUCGAUUCUUCAAUUCCACUUAAUGUUAACAAAAAUCGAUAAAACUGCAAGAAAAUCACCACCCAUUUCCAAGACCGAAGAUUCCUUCACAUCUUGUACAGUUUCUUCCACGAAGUUAGACCGAUUCCUCAACCGUUUAUGGGGUUUAUCCCCAAAAAUAAUGGUGGUGGCCGAACAAGAAUCCGACCACAACCAAUCGGAUUUAAUGGAGCGACUAUCGGAAUCGUUGUACUUUUACGCCGCCCUUUUCGACUGCUCAGAGUCCACUUUGCCAAGAACAUCACCGGAAAGAUUAAAAAUCGAGAAAAUGUUGGGGGAGGAGAUCAAGAACAUUAUAGCGUGCGAUGGGGAGGAGAGAAUCGAAAGGCAUGAAAAGCUCGAUAAGUGGAUUCAAAGGCUUAGUUUAAUGGGCUUUGGGCCUGUUACAUUAAGCUAUUAUGGGCUGAUACUUGCUCAAAGAUUGAUUCAUGGAAGUAGUUGUAAUGGUUGUAGGAUUAAAGAAAAAAUUGGGUGUGUGGUCAUUUGUUGGCAAGAUCGGCCCAUUUUCUCAGUUUCGGCUUGGAAUUCGAGAAGAUAA